AUCCCUGUGUGUGUUCUCCAGACGAGGCCCAGUAAAGCCUGAUGUGCUGUCAAUCCAGUGGUCAGGGAGAAGAUCCAACCGAAGGCUUCAAAGAAAUAACAGUCUGUCUCCUAACAACCCACUACUCAGCCUGGUCAACUCAGGUCUGUAUGACGAGGACAACCAAUGGAUGACUCAGGUCAACAGACUCCAGAAGCUGAUUGACCGGCUAGAGAAAAAGGAGGUUCGUAUGGAGCCAGUUGAAGAGGAGGUGUUGGAAGGAAUCACCAAAUCACACAUCCUGAUAGUCCAGAGACAGCUGAAUGUGUUGGAGGAGGAGCUGGAGGAGUUCCGCCUGGCUCUCAGGCAGUACAUGGAGUGUGCCUGUGCCCAGACGGGCUGCCUGCAUGUGGCAGUUCAGCGACUGGCUAAUGAGUCCCGCUUCAUCCUAUACGAGUUCUGGGAACACAACCACGUGUGGAAGAACCAUCUCCAGACAAACUACAGUAAGACUUUCCAGAGAGGUAACGUGGACUUCCUGGAGACACCAGAGCUCAUGACCACCAUGCUGGUGCCUGCCUCCUGGUGGGUCCUAAACAACAACUAAAUGACAUCACGCCAGGCCGACUGAGGACCGCUAUCGAUCAGAAACGUAGUCUGUAGUCUAUCGUCUAUCAUUAGCAUUGGGAAGAAGUGCACACACACACACACUCACGCACGCACGCACGCACACACACACACACACACAAUACUGUCAACUUGUACUGUGAAGUCAUUCUGAAUUAUUAUGUAUCAGACCUUUGUGUCCCUUCAGCUGUGUAUUGAUGAUGCUGUUUCAUGCUCCUAGGUGUUUACCCUGUUAGGAUGAUGCUGUUUCAUGCUCCUAGAUGUUUACCCUGUUAGGAUGAUGCUGUUUCAUGCUCCUAGGUGUUUACCCUGUUAGGAUGAUGCUGUUUCAUGCUCCUAGAUGUUUACCCUGUUAGGAUGAUGCUGUUUCAUGCUCCUAGAUGUUUACCCUGUUAGGAUGAUGCUGUUCCACGCUCCUAGAUGUUUACCCUGUUAGGAUGAUGCUGUGUCAUGCUCCUAGAUGUUUACCCUGUUAGGAUGAUGCUGUGUCAUGCUCCUAGAUGUUUACCCUGUUUGGAUGAUGCUGUGUCAUGCUCCUAGGUGUUUACCCUGUUAGGAUGAUGCUGUUUCAUGCUCCUAGAUUUUUACCCUGUUAGGAUGAUGCUGUUCCACGCUCCUAGAUGUUUACCCUGUUAGGAUGAUGCUGUGUCAUGCUCCUAGAUGUUUACCGUUUUGAUGAUGCUGUUCCACGCUCCUAGAUGUUUACCCUGUUAGGAUGAUGCUGUGUCAUGCUCCUAGAUGUUUACCCUGUUAGGAUGACGCUGUUUCAUGCUCCUAGAUGUUUACCCUGUUAGGAUGAUGCUGUGUCAUGCUCCUAGAUGUUUACCCUGUUAGGAUGAUGCUGUGUUAUGCUCCUAGAUGUUUACCCUGUUAGGAUGAUGCUGUGUCAUGCUCCUAGGUGUUUACCCUGUUAGGAUGAUGCUGUGUCAUGCUCCUAGAUGUUUACCGUUUUGAUGAUGCUGUUCCACGCUCCUAGAUGUUUACCCUGUUAGGAUGAUGCUGUGUCAUGCUCCUAGAUGUUUACCCUGUUAGGAUGACGCUGUUUCACGCUCCUAGAUGUUUACCCUGUUAGGAUGAUGCUGUGUCAUGCUCCUAGAUGUUUACCCUGUUAGGAUGAUGCUGUUCCACACUCCUAGAUGUUUACCCUGUUAGGAUGAUGCUGUUCCACGCUCCUAGAUGUUUACCCUGUUAGGAUGAUGCUGUGUCAUGCUCCUAGGUGUUUACCCUGUUAGGAUGAUGUUGUGUCAUGCUCCUAGAUGUUUACCCUGUUAGGAUGAUGCUGUGUCAUGCUCCUAGAUGUUUACCCUGUUAGGAUGAUGAUGUUUCAUGCUCCUAGAUGUUUACCCUGUUAGGAUGAUGCUGGUCCACGCUCCUAGAUGUUUACCCUGUUAGGAUGAUGCUGUGUCAUGCUCCUAGAUGUUUACCCUGUUAGGAUGAUGCUGUGUCAUGCUCCUAGAUGUUUACCUUGUUAGGAUGGUGCUGUUUCAUGCUCCUAGAUGUUUACCCUGUUAGGAUGAUGCUGUGUCAUGCUCCUAGAUGUUUACCUUGUUAGUGUGGUGCUGUGUCAUGCUCCUAGAUGUUUACCCUGUUAGGAUGAUGCUGUUUCAUGCUCCUAGGUGUUUACCCUGUUAGGAUGAUGCUGUUUCAUGCUCCUAGAUGUUUACCUUGUUAGGAUGGUGCUGUUUCAUGCUCCUAGAUGUUUACCCUGUUAGGAUGAUGCUGUGUCAUGCUCCUAGAUGUUUACCUUGUUAGGAUGGUGCUGUGUCAUGCUCCUAGAUGUUUACCCUGUUAGGAUGAUGCUGUUUCAUGCUCCUAGGUGUUUACCCUGUUAGGAUGAUGCUGUUCCACGGUCCUAGGUGUUUACUUUGUUAGGAGGAUGCUGUUCCACGAUCCUAGAUGUUUACCCUGUUAGGAUGACGCUGUUUCAUGCUCCUAGAUGUUUACCCUGUUAGGAUGAUGCUGUGUCAUGCUCCUAGGUGUUUACAUCAGCAGAGAUUCCAGGCAUGUGUCUCAAAUGGAACCCUAUUCCCUAUAUAGUGCACUACUUUAGACCAGAGCCCUGCACUUUACAGGGAAUAUUGUGUCAUUUGGAAUGCAUGCCACCUGUCAGUAGUAGUAUGUCCUCCACACUACCUGUCACAAGUUUUAGAAAACAAGGGGGUUUUCUUUAUUUUUACUAUGUUCUACAUUGUAGAAUAAUAGUGAAGACAUCAACUAUCAAAUAACACAUAUGGAAUCAUGUA